UCCUGAGCAGCAAGACAGAGACUGAGCGGCGCGGAAAAAAAUAAUAAGGUUGGAAGAUGGCGGCCGCGGGUGGUCUGCGGUGCAGGGUGUCCAUCUGAUCGCGACGAUUAUGCUAAUGUAUUGUUGAUAAGAGAAUACAGAAGAGUCGUGAACUUAAGAAAAAUAGCUUUAUAGACUCAGUCUAGACUCGACACUGGAUAAUUCUGCGGUGUGACUGAAGGAGCAACAUCAUGGCGACGGACAUCGGCUCUCCGCCGCGCUUCUUCCACAUGCCUCGGUUCCAGCACCAGGCGCCCCGGCAACUCUUCUACAAGAGGCCGGACUUUGCGCAGCAGCAAGCCAUGCAGCAGCUCACCUUCGACGGCAAACGCAUGAGGAAAGCUGUGAACCGCAAGACCAUCGACUACAACCCGUCCGUCAUCAGAUACCUCGAGAACCGUCUGUGGCAGCGGGAUCAUCGAGAUCUGCGUGCCGUCCAACCUGAUGCCGGUUGCUUCAACGACCUUGUUCCUCCCGUCGGGAUGCUUAAUAACCCCAUGAACGCCGUCACCACAAAGUUUGUCAGAACGUCCACAAAUAAAGUGAAAUGCCCGGUGUUUGUAGUGAGGUGGACCCCUGAAGGCAGGCGACUCGUAACUGGUGCCUCAAGCGGCGAGUUCACUUUGUGGAACGGCCUAACCUUUAACUUUGAGACUAUUUUACAGGCUCACGACAGCCCGGUGCGAGCGAUGACGUGGUCUCACAACGACAUGUGGAUGCUGACUGCCGACCACGGCGGCUACGUGAAGUACUGGCAGUCCAACAUGAACAACGUCAAGAUGUUCCAGGCGCACAAGGAGGCGAUUAGAGAGGCCAGUUUCUCUCCUACGGAUAAUAAAUUUGCCACUUGCUCAGAUGAUGGAACUGUGCGCAUCUGGGACUUUCUGCGCUGCCACGAGGAGAGAAUACUCAGAGGUCACGGAGCAGAUGUCAAGUGUGUCGACUGGCAUCCCACUAAAGGCCUGGUGGUCUCGGGCAGCAAAGACAGCCAGCAGCCCAUCAAGUUCUGGGAUCCAAAAACUGGCCAGAGUCUGGCAACAUUACACGCCCAUAAAAACACAGUGAUGGAAGUGAAGUGGAACCUGAACGGAAACUGGCUGCUGACGGCGUCGCGCGACCAUUUAUGCAAACUCUUCGACAUCCGCAACCUGAAAGAAGAGCUGCAGGUGUUCAGGGGCCACAAAAAGGAGGCGACAGCUGUCGCCUGGCACCCAAUCCAUGAGGGUCUUUUUGCUAGUGGAGGCUCUGAUGGAUCUCUGCUGUUCUGGAACGCAGGGGUGGAGAAGGAGGUCGGCGGAAUGGAGAUGGCCCAUGAGGGUAUGAUCUGGAGCUUGGCCUGGCAUCCUCUUGGCCACAUUUUGUGCUCGGGGUCUAACGACCACACCAGCAAAUUCUGGACCCGGAAUCGACCCGGAGACAAGAUGCGCGACCGGUACAACCUGAAUCUCCUACCAGGAAUGUCGGAGGACGGAGUCGAGUACGAUGACAAUGAGCCCAACAACCUGGCCACCAUUCCUGGCAUGGGGAUCCCAGAGCAGCUCAAAGCAGCCAUGGAGCAGGAACAAACCAAUAAAGAGACUGUACCGGAGACUGAAAUGAGCAUCCCGGGGCUGGACUGGGGCAUGGAUGAGGUGAUGCAAAAGGACCUGAAGAAACCUCCAACAAAGAAGGUUCCCUACGCAAAACCCAUUCCUGCUCAGUUCCAGCAAGCCUGGGCGGAGAACAAGGUGCCAACCAUGGUCCCAGGAGAGCCACCUAAGGAGAGGAAGGAUGAGAAGGUGGAUGGAAAGAAGAAGACCCAGGCUGAGAUCGAGCAGGAGAUGGCUGCGCUGCAGUACACGAACCCCAUGCUGUUAGAGCAACUGAAGAUUGAGCGAAUGGCCCAGCUCCAGGAUCAGACCAUGCCACCUCCUGGAGGCCAACCAGGCCCCAUGCAAUCCUUCCCUGGGCAAGGCGCCCCCAUUGCACCGCCUCCUCAGGGCUUCCCUCAGUCAGGGCCACCCCAGCAGAUGCCUCCCAACAUGGGGCCGCCUCCUCCAAUGGGUCAAGGCAACAUGCCCGGCCCCGGCCCGGGCCCCUUUAUCCCCCCAAAUACGAUGGGCCCCCCAGGUCCUCUUCCUCACCAGGGUCCUCCUCCUCAGGGCAUGAUGGGGCCUCCGGAUCUUCACGGACCUCCCCGCUACCCCGGGCCCCACAGAAACAUGGGGCCACAUGGCAUGCCACAAGGGCCCAGGGGCAUGCAGGGUCCUCCACCAGGCCCGAUGAAUUCAGGCCCGCCAACAGGAGGCAUGAUGGGACCUCCACCUCGAGGUCAGGGGCCACCCCAGGGGGGAAUGAUGCAUCAGGAAAUGCGAGGUCCAGCACCUCAUGGGAAUAUGAUGGGGGCACCUCCUCCAGGAGGAAUGAUGGGGCCUCCACCAAGGAAUCACAACAUGGGGAACAUGCAUGGAAUGGGGCCUCCUCCUGGAGGAAUGCACGGGCCCCCGAACAAUAUGCAAGGGCCACCAGGUAACAUGCAAGGACCUCCUCCGUAUAUGCAGCAGGGCAAGCCGCCACACAUGGGUGAAGGAAACAGAGGACAGUUCAACCAGGGACAGAAUUCGGGCCCGCAGUCGAUGAUGCACGGCCCUGGUGCCAAAGACGGACCCAGAGGGCCUCCGAACCACCACAUGGGGCCUCCACCUGAUCACCAGGGCUCGGACGGAGGUUCUCAGUACUGGCCUGAGGACGGGGGGUACCAAGAGGGCUGGAGGAGACCGGGACAGGACUUUCACGGAGAUCACAGGGGCCACCGAGGAGGUUCUGGAGGGCAGUGGGAAAACCAGGAAAGGUUUCCUUCUCACGACGAUGACUAUGAAAGGUUUGACGACGGGUAUGAAGGUGAUGGAUACGAGCAGAGGCCGAGGCGACCACCACAUUCAGACGAUUCUUUUAGGCGAGGCGGAAUGAGCGGACGCGGAGGCCGAGGUGGUUAUCAGGACGAGUACGGAGGAGACGAGAACUUCGACUCUCAGGACGAGAUGGGACAGGGCUGGGGGAACGGGGGAAGAGGGAGGCCGCGCGGAGGACCACCGCGUGGAGGUGGUGUAGGAAGAAAGGGGCUUCUGCCAACUCCUGAGGAGUUUACAUCUCACUACGAAGGAGGAAGAAACCAGGAGGGUUGGGAGGGAGGGCAAGACUCAGGUCACGACGGCUACCGGGACGGUCAGAGAGGCGACCACAGCAUGCACGACAGCCCGUCUACGGUCAAUAGGGAGCGCUCUUCCUCCCUACAGGGCAUGGACAUGGCCUCGCUUCCACCACGCAAGCGUCCCUGGCACGACGGCCCGGGCACAGGAGACAUGGAUUCGCCCGGAGCCGGACCCGAUGAACGAGGGGCAGGUCGACCUCCUCCACGUGACGACGUCGGGUACGGUCCUCCUCCUCCAUCCAGGGGCGGUAGAGGAGGGUGGGUUCGAGGUGGUCGUGGACUCAGAGGGGGCCGGGGCCGGUAGGCGGAGCUACACCCGGACGCUGGAUUGAAAACAAAAGGACCAAACGAGACGAGCGAAUCUGCUCAGUGAUGCCCGUUCACACUGUUUUCACCAGUCGGUCCUGAGGUGGCAGCGGCUCUCAUAGGAACACGAGCCCGGCUGAAGCCCGUGCGCUGCGACCUGCUCAGGCCGGCCUGAAUCAGAAACACUUGGACACACACGAACAUCACGGAUAUGAGAGACUUCGCUCACAGCUUUCACUUCGUUUGGGGGAUUUUUUUUUCUUUUUCUUUUUUUUUUUAACGCUUCUUUCCCAAAUACCCGGCAGUGCACACUAUAGAAAGAGUGUUUCUGACUGCAGUCAUCAACGCUGACGUUCACAGGACUGGCUCGACAAGCUUCAAAAACCCGCCUUGUUCCACACUUCCAAUCCAGCAGCUGAAACCGAGGGACAAAUGAACGGACGGACUUUAAAUACGUGACACGGCCUGUCCUAUAAUUUUAUGUAAAAAAAUAAUAACGGAGAAAAGAAUUCUGACAACAGCCCGACCGAUGAGGCUAACUGACUUUGUUUCAAAGUGUACAGUUUGGCAAAAAAAAAAAAAAAAGUUGUCAUAUUGUUUUGUGAGUUUUUGUAUGAGAUGGCAAUAGAAGUUUGUGCAAGAUUUAUAUCAAAUCAGUUGUCAUUACUAUUC